AUGGCUCAGUCUGUUAGGAGGCCAGACACUUUAGGAGCCGCCAACCUCGAGCCCCAGAGGAACAAGACCAGGACCAGCUACUUCUGCAAUGUAAAGACCAGGUUGGGAUCCAAGCUCCCCGCUGGUGUCUCUCAGCCUCCACAGUUUGCAAAACCCCCCUGGGAGGCACAGCCCCAGGGUCGAAUGAUGCAACAGGCCAAAGCCAGCGACCAGCGGCAAACACAACCUAUCAUGAGCCGGCCUCUCAAUCACAUCCCCCAUAUCCGAAACCCCAAGCUGCGGCAGUACUACCUGCAAGAGACUUCGUGGGAUCUAAACAAAACUGUAGUGACAAAAGACCAUGUGGAUGUAACAUCAGAUCUUGGUACAGUAAUUGGUCUGGCAAUUUAUGGCCUUGAAAAUUAUUCAGAUAGGGAGUGUCCAAGGUUCAGAGAUGAACUGACUGGCAGAGAAGGCUCUGACACCAUGGGGAAACAGAGUCUGUUUAAAAGCUUCUGCAGAAAAUACAGUCCCAGGAAUGGACUUUUGGGUAUUUAUUCCAAGGGUCUCCCUGGGGACACUGUGUUUAGCGUGUCGUCUAAAUUCAACAGUAACAGCGCUCCCACAGCGGACGAGGGCCAAGUGGGCCACCCGCCCACUAAUACCUGCUCGCAACUCAACCUAUUCUCUGCCCUCAUACCUGAAAAGCAGCUGCUCUCAAAGGGAAAAAAGGCAUCGACCAGCGAAGGAUCAUCUCAACUAGAUCUGGACUUGGACUCGGGACCUGAAAAAAAGCUACAGGGAACCACAGGCGAAGAAGGUUUUGAUCCACUCAACGUUCAGCCUCCGUCCCCCUUACCAGAGGCUGAGUAUGACAAACUACUGGACGUGGAGGCGGUGCCGCUGCCUGAUGGACAGCUCUGCCUACUGGCUCUGCCUCCAGAGUGCUGUCAGGGGGACGGGCCGGAGUCCAUGCAGUACCUCAAACUGUUCUGCCGCUACAUCACUGACCGCAAGGGUGUGGUUUCAGGUAUCCUGCUGGUGACUCCUAGUAAAAUCUUCUUUGACCCCUGUAAGACACACCCACUGGUGACUGAGCAUGGCUGUGAGGAGUACCUACUUUCCUGCUCUACGGACAAUCUGGCAUCUGUCUCCUUCUACUCUGACAUUUCCCACGUUCAUUUCAACACCUCCCAGAUGAGGAGAAGAGACAAAAACCUUUUCCAGAAAUGGAAAAACACCAAAAUCCAAACGGGCAGCCUCCCGAAACAGGAGGGUCAGUCUGUACCAGCCCUGGUGUCCGCCGCUCCAUCGGAUCUGCCCUGUCUACCCCUGAGCUUGACCGGGCAGGUUUCUGAGGAGGAGGAGUCAGACAGCAGGGACAUGGCGGAGGCUGAGCGGGAGCUGGUGGGCAGUGCUGAUUCGGAGGAGUCCGCGGGCAGCCUGGCUGUCCUGAGCAGCGCGGCCACCUUUUGCUGUGGAGCUCAAGAGCCGGCUGGCAAAGUGAAGACAGACCUGCUGGACACAGAGACGUCUUCUGUGAAGAGUCAGAUGGCAGCGCCUGUGAGGUCGGCGGCCGCUGGUCUCGGGGGUCUGAUGUUUGUGCGGCUGCGGGUUCAGCCGUCUUCAGGGAAGAAGAAGGGUGGGGGAGGUCUCCAUAUUGGACCCACCAAAACCUUACCAAAACGGGACACCUGGCUAGCCCUGUCACAGGAAAGCUCCGACGAGCUGCAUGCCUAUCUGAAGCGCUGCCGGCCAGACUUGUGUGUCCUCCGGGGGGAGGACGAGUGUGAUGAGGAGGGAUUCGUUCUCAUUGAAGACGAGGAGGAGGAGGAUGAGGAGAUUUCCCAGAGGCACCGUGGCUCAGCGGAGGAUUGGGAGCUGGUUUUGAUGGAGGAGAGCAAGGACAAGCCGGCCCUUGUCGCUGACAGGGAACCCGAAGGGCUGAAGAACGUUAUAGAAAGCAGCCAAAUUUUGGAGGCCUCACAUGUCAGAGAGCUGUGUAAGGAGCUGCCUCCCAGGACGGUGGGCCACACGUGGCAGCUGGCUUACAGCACGUCCCGUCACGGCGCCAGCCUCAAGUGUCUGUACAGAAAACUCAGUGCCACGGACUCUCCUUUGCUCAUAGUCAUAAAGGAUGCACUGGACGAGGUCUUUGGGGCCUUCCUCUCGCACUCUCUGAGGCCUAGCGAAGCAUUUUAUGGUACUGGAGAAACCUUCCUCUUCAUGUUGCACCCUCGCUUCAAGUGUUUCAGGUGGACCGGAGAGAACUCCUUUUUUAUUAAAGGAGAUUUAGACUGCUUCGCUAUUGGUGGAGGAAGUGGUCACUUUGGGCUGUGGGUGGAUGAGAACCUGUACCUGGGCCGCAGCAGCCCCUGCUACACCUUCAACAACUGCUGCCUUGCAGAAACGGAUGACUUUCGCAUCAUGGAGCUGGAGGUGUGGACGUUCAGCUGA